UAGCGUUUUGAUGGCAACCGACCUUUGUCGAGUAUGAAAAAGAAAUUUUAGUGUAUGGGAUUUUAAAAAAGAAGACGACAUUAUGGAUUCACUGAAUAUAUGGACCAUUACUUUGAUAUCAGUUAUAUCACUCGCAAGAAUCGGGAUGGGCGUGUUUACAUCAAUUUCGGGACCAACUUUACUAUACCUAGCUGACAAUGUAGGAGCGAGCGUUUCAAAAAUUUCUACUCUGUUUUCUGGAAGAUCUAUUGGCAUUUUAUUUGGUUCAAUAUUGGGAGGAGUUGUGAAAAAUCUAGUCGGGCCGAAUUUUCGACAUUUAUUAAUGCUAGGGGCUGGAAUAGGAAUACUUGGUCUUGUCGACCUAGCUGUUCCGUGGAUUUCACAGUUUUGGGUCUUGAUAAUUGAUAUUACCCUCGGCGGAAUAAUGUUUGGAUAUCUGGAUGCAGGUCUUCAAGCACUAAUACUACAAUUGUGGGGAGAAAAGGCAUCUCGAGCCCAGAUCCAACUAUUUCACUUCAUGUACAGCGUUGGUGCAUUUAUCGCACCUUUAAUGGCAAGUCCAUUUCUUGCCAUGGCCGAUGAAGAGACUUCAGCAGACGCAAGUUGCCCGAAUCAGAUAUCAAUGACAACUACCGCGGCCUAUCCGCACAGUAAUUUGAGCACGACAGCUAUAACGCCGGCUGCUUUCAACCCUGUCGGCUGGGCUUACGUGAUUGCUGCAUGUUGGAUGGUUUUUGUCUCGAUACUGUUGGUCGUUUUAGCAAUAUUGAAUGUCGAAAGUAGGGUGGCUUCGUCCAUUGAGGAUAAAGGUUUUGCGUCAGAAGACCGAGGAGAAGAACCAAUUAAGGAUGUCAUAUGGUUAUUUUUGUUGGUAGUCGGAUAUUAUUUCUGCAGUGUUUCUACAGAAAAUGUGUUUUUCAGUUAUAUUUAUUCGGUUUCUCUCUGCUCUGAUUUGAAUUUCACUGUUGAACAAGCAUCCCAGAUAAACUCAGUCUUCUGGCUUGGACUAGGUUUAGGCAGAUUAAGUGGAGUGUUAGCAGCAAACUUCCUCAAACCCAGAACUAUUAUAAUAGCAAGUAUUAUUGGGAGCAUCAUCGAUAUGAUUUUUAUGUGCAUUUUUGGUGAACAUACUGCGUGGCUGGCAUGGCUCGUUUCCGCAUUACAUGGAUAUACUACUGCAAUGCUCUACCCUUCUGGAGUUUCUUGGGUGUCGCAGAUAACUAACAUAUCCGGUACGUAUAUGUUUGUCUGUAACAUCGGAAAUGCUGUUGGAUCAUUGACAAUGCUUCCAUUAGGAGGAUAUUUAUUUGACAUUGACCCGUUUAGUGUGAUGUAUCUUGUUCUGAUCCUAGCAGUGGUCAACGCAUUUUUCUAUGCAGCGUUGUUGUAUGUUGGGAAGAGACACAAGGAAUUUCUGCGAAAUAAACAAAUCGACGUCAGCACCGAACGUCCAGAGAAAGAUAGUGAUUAUAUGGAAGAUUGUAAAACGGAGAAUUCUUCUAUAUCCCACGGUACAUCAGCAAUGACAAAACUUUAGAUCUAAUGAAUGUCGAUGACAAUUCAACUUUUGUUUUCUUUACAGACGAUAGAUAAUAUAUUCUUGGCAACACUAAUUUACACGGGAUUCUUAACUAUUUGUUUCAUUGUUAUCGACGUGACAAUGUUUGUAUCUUAUAUUGUAUGAAAUACAUAUUACCAAAACAUUGCAUUUGAUUUAAUUACAUCACUUGCAGUAAUAAAUGCCUGUAAAUCAGUGGUUCCGAAAUUGCGGCCCGCGGGCCAAUUACGACCUGCGUAAAGAUUUAAUAUAGAAAUAUUAGUCUCAAAACCUGGUUUAAUAUUAUCUUGGGGCAGUAAUUGGUUAGAUAAAUUUUAUAAAAUACCCUAAAAUACUUUAAAUAAAUUUCUUAAAGCAGAAAGUUGAUUUUUAACUUGAUCCAUGGCUUUUCCAGCAUGGACAAACAUCUCUCUUUGUUAAUUGCCAAGAUUACCAUGAAUAAUUCAUUUUUGCAGUACCUCUACUAAACCACAAAGUUUGCAUUACAAAUCCAGCCACAUGCUUCAAA